ACAAAAACAGCUGAUUUAAAAAGGUUAGUUUCGUCUUGCGGUUUAACAGCAAGAUUUCAACUUUACUGCUGCUUAAUUUUUUAGUUAGUUAUGUUGUUGAAGUCAAUUGUUAAUAAUUGUUGAAACUGUAAAUUUUCUAUAAGAAAGUUUGCCUGAAUUGAAAUCAAUUAUUAUUACUACAAAAUCAAAUAUUGUUGUAUACUACUUUUAUUUUAUUUUUGUUGUAAUGGUAAUGUUAUAAUGUCUUACAUGAAAUGAGGUUGAAUUUUUGUUACUUUCUUGAUGAAAUAGAAACACAUUUUUUAAAAAGUUAAUGGGUAAUUUUUUUAAAUGUGAUCACGUUACCGGUAUUAAUAUUAUUUUUAUAAAUUCAAAUGGUGUUUGAAAUUCACUAGGUAUACAUUCAAGUUUUACUAAAUGUAUUAGGCCUACAUUUAUUUACAAACAUUAUUUUUUGCUAUUAUAAUUGAUAAUUAUCUUUAUAGUACAACGUUCAAGUAUAACAUUAUGUUUUACUUUAAAAAUGUUAAAUUCUUCUUCAUCAUCUCAUUACUUCUUAUGCUUUUGUUAUUCAUUGUUUUACAAACUUCUGUUAUGAACGAAAUGUUGGUGGUGAAUUCUGCAAUGAUAGUACGAGAUGAUAAAUUAAAUGGUCCGAAUAUAAGAAUGGAUGAUCCACGAUUGAUAGAAAAGCUGCGAAGUUUGUAUCUAGUGCCACCUCCGAAUAAGACUGAUUUGAAUUUAGAUAAUCCUACAGUUAUUGACACAUCGAUGGGACAAGCUGAGAAGAUAAGGGAAAUUCUUGGAAAUAAGAAAAACGGCUUUUUCAUUGAGUGUGGAGCUCUAGAUGGUGAAGUCCGUUCGAAUACACUCAACUUCGAGCGAUUCCACAACUGGACUGGUCUACUUAUAGAAGCCGAUCCUCUCAAUUACGCCAAUAUGGUAAAGAAAAAUAGGAAAGCUUGGCUGUCUCAAACAUGUCUCAGUAUUCAUCCUUAUCCUGAAAUUGUAUCUUUCGAGCAGAACUAUAACAUUGGGAAAAUCUCAUCGUUGAGACCUGGUAGCGUACAUAAGGGUCACACUGACGUCCAGUGCUUCCCGUUCUAUACUUUCCUGCUUGCCCUGAAUAUCAAACAGGUCGACUACUUCAGUUUGGAUGUGGAAGGAUCCGAAUUGGAUGUUCUAAGAACAAUACCAUUUGAUAAAGUUGAUAUCAAGACUCUGUCAGUUGAAUUUGUUCAUGUUGACAAAGGAAAACAGUCAAUACUAGACUUUAUGGCAUCUAAAAACUACCGAUACCACAGCAACGUCACUCAUCCUGAUUGGCUAGCUAACGAUUUCAUUUUCACUAAAGUCUGAUGUGAAAUGCAACAAAUGCCAAAUGCAACAUCAUUUUAACGGCCGUUCCCAAGUGAUUCACAAUCUUCAUGAUUCACGCAACAUUAAAGACUCUGACAGUGAAUUGCAAUCUCCAAUCGACAAAAAGAAUUCAUCAAUCGAUUUACUGUACUCUUUUGCAGUUGAGGUGAAUUGAUUACAGUGAGCAUCUAGAUUAAUGCAUUUUGACAAACAUCAUGAAUACUCAAAAGUUUUUAAUGAUUAUUAGUCCUCUACUAAAUCCGUAAGUCUUAAACCGCUGAAAUUCAGUUUUCAAGUUUAUAGUUGUAUAAUAAUCGUUUAGGCUGAUUUAGGCUGUUAACUAAGUAUAAAAAUUACACUUGUAAUGCAAUACUCUUGUCAAUGUACAUUCUUACAAAGAGCGUAGAACAAUGAACAAUCUUAUUUAUUAGAACUUCUUCUCCUGUAUAUUCCAUGCAUAAUUACAAGUUUCUACAGAUUGUUGAAAUUGGGCCAAGUAUUUUGAAGUCCAUUGUUUUUUGAGGAAUAAAUGCAUGUGCCAUCUUGACCCUUCUUCGUGAGUAAGCAACUUACGAAAAAUCCCUUAUAAAGUAAGCUUUAAUAAUCUGAAAACUUGAGAUGUAUCGAACAAAUAAUAAAGACUUAAUUAGGCUACUCAGCCAGAAGCGUUUAAAUGGCUUAAAUGCAGAGAUACUAAAAUGCAACGUUUAUAUAAACUGACCUUAUCUGAUAUCAUACCAAAUCCACGGAAACAAAAUUAAAAACAUGUAUUGCAAAUCAUAGAAACAUGAUUUAUAGCAAUCUGACUUUAAUCAUAUUAUAAUAAUCUACUAUUUUAUAAUAAUAUUGUAGAAUAUUUGUUGCAUAAAAUUUCACGAAUCUUGAUUAAUUUUCACAGAAACGAGUUAUAAUUGUUAAGUUCUAAACAAUUUUUUUCUAGUUCCAAACUAAACUAUUAUAUUUUGUUAACUGGUUUUAGUUAUAAAACAUCGAAAUAAUUUUAUUUAAGUUUGAAGUACCUAGUACUGAUUGAUUUAUAUUUGUUGGCUGUUUCUAGUCUAAUUAGAUUGCUAAAGUAUUACUAAAUAUCUAGAUUUACUGUAAUUUGUUGUCAAUUAUUAUGUUGUAUCUUCAGUGCAAUGAAAAUAUUGUCAAUAUUUAUUGUUUGAAAACACAAAUAGUUUUUGAAAUCCAGCCCGCUAAGACGAAAAUGGAAUAGGUGAAAUUACUUGGCGACGACUCAAGCCGCGCGGCUAGAGCCACUGCUUUUAGAGAAUAAACCUAUAAAUUCAUUAGAUUCGGUGAUUCAUUGGAUUUUCAUGUUGUAUGAAAAGUGUUGGAAGUGUUGGCUACUAUAUUGCUUUUACCAUUCAUAUCUAAUGAAUCAACAAAUCUAAGGAAUUUAUAGGAUAUGUUCUCAAGUCGCUCUAACAACGCGGCUCUAGCCGUCCCUAUGGUUGGUCGAUUGUAACGCUACUUCUUAUUUAUUCAUGAUACAUUUAACGGAAGAAGGCAACGACUGGUUUGAAAAUGGUUAUGUAUGUGGAAGAUCUUGGUCACACUACACUCACUUGAUAUUUUUUUAGUAUUUUUGGAUAACGUUUAGAAGAGUUUCUUGUCAGAUAAUUUUUGUUUAGGAUUUUAAUUUGAAGUUCAUGACAUUAGGAUCUGUAAAAAAGUAUGACAUAAAAUUUCAUGGAUUUGACUUGCUGUAAAUUAUUGCAAUCGAAUAGCUUGUGAUGAACUAAGUUCCAUAUCUGUAUUCAACUUAAUUGUUUAUGCUUUUCCUGAAGUAAAUUCCUAUCCAUAUAUUCUCAUGUUUUGAAAAUUAUCGUAUUUUAUUAUAAAUUAUCAUUAUUGUAAAGAAAGCAAAGUAUUGAAAAGGUAAAACACCAAAAAUUCUUAGUAGUAAUUAAUAAAUUAAAAUAUAGUCUCAUCAAAUCCUGAAAAUAUUCAAAACUCUCUUUUUUUAAUUUAAUUAAUUAGAAAUAUCUAUUAAGUGAAUGUUUGUAGGUGCUUCAUAGAUAAAGACUUUAUCUUAACUUAACGUAUACUUAGUAUAAGUUGAUAAAGAUAUUUAUUGACUCCUUGAUAAAGAUAUUUAUUGAUCAACUUGACUACAAAUUAUAUUUUACCGAUCAAUAAAAUUGUAAUUCGUUCAAAAUUUAAUAAAUGCACAGUAUUUUCUUUGAAGAUCUGAGAUAAAGAGAAGAAAAUCGCUCAAACUAGUUGAUCUUGCUGUAAGUAUGUAGCCAAACUUUCCGUGCCAAAAGUUAUACGCUCUGCUAUAAAUUUUAUUAUUGAAACUAUAGAUUACUUUUCCAACUCUCUUGUGAAUCCGGUUGAAAUGAAGCAAGAAGUUUAUCUUCUCGACAUGGGAGUUGAUUGCAAUUUGUAAUUAUUCUACAAGUUGCGUUGAUAAUUAACUUUAUAAAAUUUAUCGCCCAUUGCAAGAAUGAAUUCAUUACCUUAAUUACUGGUAACGUAUAAUCAAAAUUCAAUACCACAUAACUUGAGAAGAAAGACUUGAUUAGUAAUGAUGGAAACGAAGACACGAAUAAGUAUAAGAUGACAUAAAUUAAUUCUAAUUACCAUUUAGUUUUGUUCUAGAAUAACAAAUUGUCAAGGUUUGUAUUUGAUAUUUGUGCCAUGUAGGUAGGUGAUAAGGUACUGUUAUAUCGAUAUUUGAAAUUCUUGUAUUGGAAAUUGAAUGAAACCCAUUUUAAUUAUGAUUUAAUCUUCGUUGAAUUAAUCUCAAUUUUUUACUAGGAAUAUUAUCUAAUUCACAAAUUAAUUAUUUAACGCAAAAUUGUUUGGGUACCACCAUCACCUACUAAGACAGCUUAGUAUGAAUUAUUAAAAACAUUUAUUUUUGAUUCUCAAGGGCAAAGCGAAUUAAACUUGUAAUCUUAAUUUUUUUAAAACUUCUUAUUUAAAGAAUAUCCUGAAUUCUCAUAAUAAUAAUAUCCAGUGACCUGGCUGGACUCAGGUCUGGUGUCAGAGUUUUCAGGUCGCAACUGAUCAUUGUCAGGACUCUGACAUGACCUAACGACUGCAUUUUAGGCAGUCGGGACCAACGGAAACAUGUCUACAACAUGACUGAGAACAACGCUAUGAACAAUACAAAUAUAUUAGCUGUAUUUAGUUUUCAAGAUGAUGUUUUUUUUAUGAUGAUGCCCACAUAUGCCUAUGUUUGUGAGUAGACUAUGCUACGAGAUGGCGAAACAAGUUUCCUGUGUUCCUAGUCUAUACAUUUCGUUCUAUUUAUUCCGUAAAUUGGGUGCAAUAUAUUCAUUUCAAAUCUAAAAGAAAUUGGUAGCUCUUUGCAAUAUAUUGAUUUUUCGAACAAAUUCCGGCAGCUUGCAAAAUGUAUUAGUUACUGUGUUGAAUUGUUCAAGUUCAAUGUAUUAUUAAAUCGUAUUAGUAAAGCAUAAUAUUAUUAUAAGAAAAACUCUGCAAUUUUAGUACUAUGAGAUUAUGUAUUUUGAUUCUCUGUGAUCUUAUCAGUUAUUCGAAUUAUUUAGAAAAAUAAUGUUGUUACCUUACAUUGUGAAGAGUUCAGUUCAGUUGACUCACAAUCUCCGAAAACAAAGCCAUAGUGCAUGACAGGUGGUUGAUGGUAACGUCAGCACAGGUAGGGCUCCUACACCAAAAAUCUGGUGUGCGCACUCAGGACAAUAACGCUGGAGACACAUGAUGUCUGCUAGCUCUUCAUAGUGAAAGAUUUAAUAGAAUCAACAGUUUGCAAUUGAAUAAUCACACUUUCUCAAAUUUCGAGCUUAUUUUAAAUUUUAGGUGAAAAUGUUACUGAACAUUAUUUGACGCUAAAGCCAGUAUGUCCCCAAAUCCUAAAUUUUUCAAGCUGAUAACUUGGUAUGAUAAUGAGUAUGGUUAUUCUUGUAGAAUCAUUGAUCUCAUUAAGCACAUGCAAGAUAAAGAAUGUUGAUUUGUAAAAAAUAUAUAAGUUAUUCAUAUUAAAAUCUGAUUUCAUUAAUUGAAUAAAUAAGAUUUUCAUGCUCAAUCUUUUACACUUGAAAUUUUUGUUUAAAUUGUAUCUGAAGCCUGAUAAUUGGGAAUCUAAAAUCAAACUUUGCAUAGAUGAGGCGGAGCUCCUAAAAUUUUUACAGAUAUGGGACUUGUGACAGAUGAUAGAGCUUAUCAAUGACUGUUUUAGGUAUAAAUUUGAUCAAAAUCUUUGGAGCCGUUUUCGAGAAAAUUGCAAAAAAAACCUGUUUUUGACAACAUUUUCGCCAUUUCAGCCACCAUCUUGAAUUGUAUUUGACCGAAAUUGCUCGUGUCGGAUCCUUAUAAUGUAACUUUAAGUUCCAAAUUCCAAGUCAUUCCGUUAAUUUUGGGAGAUGAGAUAUCGUGUACACAAACACACAUACACUCAUACACACACACACACACACACACACACAUACAGACCAAUACCCAAAAACUACUUUUUGGACUCAGGGGACCUUGAAACGUAUAGAAAUUUAGAAAUUGGGGUACCGUACCUUAUUUUUUUCGGAGAGCAAUACUUUCCUUAUAGAGCAAGGAAAGUAAUAAAAACACUAGCUGAUAUAGAUCAGCUGAAAUAAACAAAUUUUUAUUGGUGUAGGACCCCUACCUGUGGUGACGUCACCAGAAUGCACUAUGGUUUUGUUUACGGAGGUAGUGGUUUACUCGGUUCAAUUUUCAGUUAACCAAUAUUAUUUAUUGUUGUGAUAAUUCUAUUCAUGCUCUUUUCAAUUUUUCAAGAAUCAUCAUAUUCUUAUUUUGAAUUUCCAACUCACAACUUAGUCAAGAAUUUCCUCUGCUUUAACACAUUCUUCAAAAUAAUGAUAAUAUACUUUUUGGAUAUAUUUCAAUAAGCACCCGAAGGCUUUUAUUAAAAUUUUCAAGUCGUGGAAAUACCGUAUUUCAAAUUCUCUUUUGCUGUGAUUGAUUUAUACCACUGUUUUUUAAAUAUUUUCUAUUGUUAUCUAUCGUUAUAAAAUAAGAUAUAUUGUUUCCAGUAUUUUCAAUUAUAUUUGAUAUUGUACCAUAUUUCAAGGCUUAGUAAGAUCACUAAAAAAUAUCUUAUUAAUAUUUUUUGAUUAAAAUAUAUUAAAUUUGCUGCCUACCGUAACUUAGAAUUUAAUUUCGAUUUUGUUUUGCAUUAAUAAAAUGAAUUUUCUCAGUUUUACUGUUUGACUCGAGGAUGGUGCUGCAUUUUUCAAGUAGGCUACUUUUAAUUUAUCAUUCAUUAUUCCUGAAGAUAUACUUCUUCAAAAGAUUAAACUAUGCAAAUCAUGCAAGUUGGAUCAACACAAAUGAUAAGCUUUAAUAUUCCUGUUUAUAUUCUAGAAAUAAUAUCUGCAAUAUCGAUCAAAUUAGCUACAUAAUUAUAAAAUAAUAUUCAUGAUAGAAGUGCACAGUUAUAAUGAUCCAAUUAAAUUUUAAGGUUUCACUUGUAUUAUGCCGAAUAAUGUUUGAGGAUAGAGGUGAGAUUGUAAUUGCAAUAGUUUUUACAAUAGAGUGAUACUGUCUAGUUAUAAUGUAUGUGAAUGUGUGAGUCAAUUGUAAUGUUUCAAAACUAUUUUGAAAAUUUUUGUUCUGUUUGUAUACAGUAAUGGAGUUUAUUUUUUGUAAAUAAAUGUAUGCCAAUGUCAAAUAAAGAAAGACUACAAUCGUCA